UGAUCAUGUCUGGAGAUUGUAACAAUUACUGCAAUUUAUUGCGUGUAUUGACGCAUGUUUUCAUGCGUGCACUGAUUGUUUAAUAUUAUGAGAUAAAAAGAGGAGCAGGCUUGCAGGAGAACUGUUUUUCCAAAUAUGAUUUAUUGUUUUUUACAUCAUUUAACCGCACCCACGAACCCCUGUUUGUGAUUGACAUAUCAGUGCGUGCAUCGUGUUACGCAACAGAGCGCUCCACUCCUAAGCGACUAGUGCGCAACGCAAGGACGACAAAAUUUUUUGUAUUCCAUUUUUAUAGUCUAAUCCCACUGAUUUCUGAGGGGAUUACCGGACUAGAGGGACCGACCUGGUUCGGUCGACUGUGCAUGGACGACUAAAGUGGAUACACGUCAGGAUCCGCGGAAACAUUUGAAGGAUCCACGGAGGAAAGUUGCUCCAUCAUUUUGUUGAGACUGUAGAGCGACUCGCGAAGAAAUUUACGGAUAUGUACUGGCAUUUUUAUCUAUGAGCAACCAAUGGAGGAAGAGAAGGUGGAGGAGGAAAUUAAAACAGAAACCACUAUCGACACUCCAGGAGCAACGAUUCCUCCUCCAAACCAAAGCGGUAAGGAGCAGGAUGUUCCCUUCAGGCUGAGCCCCAUUGGAAAACAUCACACAUCUCUGCCUUCCUGUCAAUCAGGCCCUUUGAGCAGCAGUGAUGGCGAUGGGGAAGAGGAGGUAGAGGUGCAAGUCAGGUUGGAGAUCCACAGCCCCCCAGCGGAUGCACAGGUGGAGUUUGUGUUCCAGACCCAAGCUGUAGAAGAAGAGAAGAGUGAAACACGUGAGAGUGUACCUGGCAGUAGUAAGAGUCCAUCCUCACCUCCCCCAACAACAACAACAAGACGCUGGGCACCCCCAAAGGGCUUCUGGAGGGUGGCUCGCCCAGAGACGCUGCGCCUAAAUGGCGUGGACCCUCAUAACAUCCCUUCCACUCUACCUUGCAAGGACUACACUCAGACAGCCUCGCUCGGAGACCCUCACGGGGAGUCCAAAACAGCUUUAGGGAACGCAGCAGAUGACACCAAAGCAUCCUCUGAGUUUCGGUACCCAUACAGGGUGGAGAGGUAUGAUGGAUUGGGUGCAUCAGACGGUGCUUCUUUACAAGGCAGGGGUCUCACAGCUGAGGAGAAACUGAAAGUGUGGCAAGGAGCUCACGCCAGAUUUCAGGAAAGACAGCAAAAUGCCAGAGAAGUAGAAGAGGAAGGCGGAAAGCAAAGCUGUGGUGAGGCUGCCAAGGCUACAACCAACGUGGAUGAUGAAGAUCAGGAAGCCCACGAGGGACUGGAGGAAUCAGUCAUUCUUCAGGAACUUGAGCCCCAUUUGAGGUCACUUCUUAUAAUCAACGAUGAACUUCCUUUGAGCCCAAGGCAUGAGCAAGCCAAGCUUCUCCUUGAGCGAGCACGACUCAAGGCUCGCUCCAACCACGUUAGAGGUGACCGCCCCUGCAGAAGAUCCCAUUCUGAUCACAGAUCCACUGUUAAGAAGCAACAAUUGGAGUCUCACAAUCCAGCAUCAGUGGAGAAAUCCAUUCAGGUCAAUGAGGAUCUCCCAUGUCAAAGUGCAUCUGGUCCGCUCCUUGUCCCCGAUCUAAGAGACACUUCCCCAGGAGAUCAGGCUGGUCGAUCCAGGCGGUAUGGCUGCUCACCCACACGAGUACGCUUUGAGGAUGAAUCGGAGAAAGAAGCUGAGUCGCGCUACUUGGACAGAGUGAGACAACGCGGGAGACCCGGCAUGCCCAAAUCCAAGAACAGAGACAGCAAUACAGAUUCUAGCAGUAGUGGUUCAGAGAGGAGUCGGAACCACAGGAGUGUCUCUAUGCUUCCUUUGCAGAAGCAAGACAUGGGUGUGGGUGUGGAUAGCACAACAGUCGUUAAAGAAAUCAUUGUGCUGGUGAAGAAAUGUGAGACGUGUGGCUCCGUCGUGAGGGAACCUCAGCCAGUCUCCUUACUACCAGAUCCACAUUUGAUUGAGUCACAGCAGACUGGGAACCUUAAAGACACACGGGGUAAAAUGGUUCCUUGCUGGGUGCCGCCCACCAAACCAGAAGCAAGCACCCGUCCCAAAGCUCCUCUAACUGUCACGUUUGCAGGAGCCUAUGUUCUUGGGGAAAGUAAAGAAAGCAGCACAGGAUGGAAAUCAUCAGGGUUUGGGAAGCUGCGGAGAAGGAGCAGGAAAGGAGAAAGUCGACUGGAAACCGGUGGCCAUGGUCCAUAUGGUCCGUCAUGGGCACAGAGGCGGAACUCCAAUCCCAGGAAUAGAGUCAACUUGAGCAGCGCUGUUUCCUUCGCCCCAGACAGCUCUGUCACUAAGCAACCACGCUUGCUGGGCGCCUCUUGUGGACUUAGAGAAACGCCCACCCUGCCUAUAAAGUCAGCUCUCAAGUCAAGCUCAAGGAACCGAUCUGCUGCUGGUCAAUCUUCAGUGCAGUUUCUGAUGACCUCAAAUCAGGGGGGUGAAGUCGGGCCUCAGCAUUCAGCUCUGUUGGACUCACCAGAGACAAGAAGAGAGUCGCCUACGUCUUUAACACAAGGGGCCCUUGCAACAAGCACCCCGGCACCCUGUAUUAGACCCUCCACGCUGAGGUACUCCCCAGCUCAGCCAGGUGUUGAUGUCUGGGAUGGGAUGCUGGACGGAGCAGUGAGUGCAGACACCGGCCUUGCUUCAGAGUUCCAUCCUGCUAUUCGCAACCUGGCCUUGUCUCGGGCUGAGGAUCUCAGAGCUGAGCUUCUGAGAGCAGAGCAUCUGAAAGCUGAGGCUGUAUGGGAAGAAACCUCUGACGGGUCCAGAAAGAUGGAUGGGCGCCCAAAGCUUUUUCUUCGUCGCUUCUUCUCCUCUAUUGGUCUAAACAGCGUUGGCAGGCUUGUAAAAGGGGGGCGCUCCAGUAGUAUGGAACAGCUCAGCAUCCCAACUACCAGGCCCAACAAUGCUUCCCCGAGCCCUACACGCAGACCACAGCCGACCAUCCGCAUACAGAGGACACCCUCGCUGCAGACCCUGCAUACGGCGCUGCCAUUGGCCCAACUGCGUAAAGCCUCUUCUGUGCAGAGUUUGGAGAGGAGAACAGAACGUACAACCAUCCUGGGUGAGGUGCAGAUUCCUUAUGGCCUGGCACCAAGCCCUGAUAGCCCCCAACUUGAGGUCCACCGCGCCAUGAGUGUUGAAGACAUACUUGCCUCCAGGAUGGUGCGACCAGCUGGGAGGGUCUCUCAGGCUUUCCCCGAUGGCUCCCUUCUCCUGGAGCUCAUUAGACCCCCAAAUGGUCCUUUUGGUUUUGUCAUCUCGAGGGGCAAAGGUCGACCUGAUACAGGUGUUUAUGUAGAGAAAGUGGGUGACGGUACCGGUGAAGUUCCAUAUGUGGGUCUCCUGGGCGUUGGUGAUGAAAUCCUACAGGUGAACGGGGAAGUGGUCGCGGGACUCAGCUUGGACCAAGUCACCCGGCUCAUGACACGGGAAAGCGUGGCCUCCGUUCGGAUCAUGCCGGCCCGACACAGCUCACGUUGACUGGGAAGAAUAGGCAGCACUUUGAAUGGAUGAUAUACUGUAAAUACUAUAUAUUGUAUAUGCAGUACUGUAUACACUGUAUACUGCAUGUGCCUCACAUUUCAGCAACCAGUUUUGCUGCAGUAUAUUUUCUGAAAAGAAAAUACUAUACUAAAUACUAAAUUAGUUUCUCAAGGGAUCACGUAUGCUCUGCUUCAGAAUGUUACAGUACAUUACAGUACAAUACAGUACAGUACAGUACAAGUUUCAUUUCUGUGGUUACUUGAGAAGAUAUAAAAAUGGUUGCUGAAAUGUGAGAGGUGUAUUCACUUGUGAGAUACCUAUAAGUAUAUAUUUUCAUAUGUGACAAGAAAGUCCAAUCAUAUUCCUGCAGGAACAAAUAGCACAAUAUAAAUAGAUAUAGCUGUACAGUAGGUAACUCAACUGUGGCAGGUUUAUUUUUGUAAUCUUUUCAUGAUCAGGACUACUUUUGUCCCUAAAGCCUAAAAGAUUCCCAAUUACCACUGGAAAACAUUAAAAAUGCAUUAUUUUUGCAUAUCAUCGCUUCCUUGUAAAAUAACAAAUGUAAAUAUUAGUCAAUGACAAUACAACUGAACACAUGUAGAGAUCAAAUGAAAUGUUAUUAUUAAGGGAGAAGAAAUAAUCCAAACCCUGUAUGAAAAAGUGAUUGCCCCCUAAACCUAAUAACUGCUUGAGUCACCCUUAGCAGCAACAACUGCAAUCAAGUGUUUGCGAUAACUUGUCUCUUACAGCGCUGUGGAGGAAUUCUGGCCUAUGGAUCUUUGCAGAAUUGUUGUAAUUCAGCCCCAUUGGAGGGUUUUCCAGCAUGAAGGAUCCUUUUCAGGUCAUGCCACAGCAUCUCAAUAGGAUUGGUGGACUUGCUGGUGGUGUCUUUUGGUUUCAGUGUGACGUCACAAACAGAUGGCUGGAAAUUCUCCUUCAGGAUUUGCCAGUAGACAGCAGGAUUCAUGGUUACACAGCAUGUCUUUCAGGACCUGAAGCUGCAAACCAGCCUCAGACCAUCACACUACCACCACCAUAUUUUACUGUUGCUAUGACGUUUUUGAUGCUUUUUAUGAAAUGCGGCUUUACUCUUAUGCCAGAUGUAAUGGGACAUAAACCUCCCAAAAAAAUUUAACUUUUGUCUUGUCAGACAACAGAGUAUUUUCCCAAUGGUCUUUGGGAUCAUCAAGAUGUUUUCUGGCAAAAUUGAGAUGAGCCUUAUAAAGUUCUUUUUGUUCAGCAGGGGAUUUUUGUCUGUUCCAUGCAGGUCGUUUUUGCCCCAUAUCUGGUGGAGUCAUGAACAUUGACCUUAAGUGUGGCAAGUGAGGCCUGCAGUUUUUUGGAUGUUGUUGUGGGGUCUUUUGUGACCUCUUGGUUGAGUCGUUGCUACACUCUUCGGGUAAUUUGGCGGGCCACUCCUUGUAAGGUUCACCGGUGUUCCGUGUUUUCGCCAUUGCGGUCUACUGUGGUUUGUUGGAGUCCCAAAUGGCUUUAUAACCUUUUCAGAAUAAUGGAUCCCGAUUAAUCUCACUUAAGAUAUAUAUUUUAUGUGGGCAAUCACAUUUUCACACAGGACCAUAUACUGUAGGUUUGUAUUUUUUCUCCCUUAAUAAUAAAGCUUCCAUUUAAAAACUGCUGUGUUGUCAUUGACUAGUAUUUAAAUGUGUUUGAUGAUCUGAAACAUUAAGUGUAACAAACGUGCAAAAAAUAACUCAAAACACUUUU